GCUCGCGCGCGCCCGAGGAGGGGAGGAGCGUUCAUCGUGACCUUUCACCCCAGCAUGGCUGCGCCCAUGGGACCGGUGAAGUUCUGGCGACCGGGUACAGAGGGACCAGGUGUCAGUAUCUCUGAAGAGAGACAAAGUGUAGCGGAAAACUCUGCAACAACCGUUGUUUACAAUCCUUAUGCCGCCCUUUCUAUAGAGCAGCAGAGGCAGAAGCUGCCGGUGUUCAAGCUUAGGAAUCAUAUAUUAUACUUGAUAGAAAACUAUCAGACAGUGGUGAUUGUUGGAGAAACAGGAUGUGGGAAAAGCACACAGAUUCCACAAUACCUUGCAGAAGCUGGCUGGACAGCGGAAGGGAGAGUUGUAGGAGUGACCCAGCCUCGAAGGGUGGCUGCUGUUACGGUUGCGGGGAGAGUGGCCGAUGAGAGGGGUGCAGUGCUGGGCCAUGAGGUGGGUUACUGCAUCCGCUUUGACGACUGCACUGACCCGCUGGCCACCAGGAUUAAGUUUCUCACUGAUGGAAUGUUGGUCAGAGAAAUGAUGGUUGAUCCUUUGUUAACAAAAUAUAGCGCCAUCAUGCUGGAUGAAGCCCAUGAGAGGACCCUGUACACAGACAUUGCCAUCGGCUUGCUGAAAAAGAUUCAGAAAAAGCGAGGGGAUCUUCGACUGAUCGUGGCUUCAGCCACUCUGGAUGCAGAGAAAUUUCGGGAUUUCUUUAAUCAAAAUGAAACUGGUGACCCAACCAGGGAUACAUGUGUGAUCCUUACAGUGGAAGGGCGAACAUUCCCAGUGGAUAUCUUUUAUCUACAAAGUCCUGUUCCAGAUUACAUCAAAUCAGCUGUAGAAACCGUGAUGAAAAUUCACCAGACAGAGGGAGAUGGAGACAUACUAGCAUUUCUUACUGGCCAGGAAGAGGUGGAAACUGCCGUGUCUAUGCUGAUCGAGCAGGCUCGGGCCCUCGGUCGGACUGGGAUGAAGAGGCACCUGAGGGUUCUCCCCAUGUACGCAGGACUGCCUGCCUUUGAGCAAAUGAAGGUGUUUGAAAGGGUGUCACACAGUGUCCGGAAGGUGAUAGUGGCCACCAACGUGGCGGAAACCUCUAUCACAAUCAGCGGGAUCGUGUACGUGAUCGACUGUGGCUUCGUGAAGCUCCGGGCCUACAAUCCCAGGACAGCAAUUGAGUGCUUGGUGGUGGUCCCGGUGUCCCAGGCAUCCGCCAACCAGCGAGCGGGACGGGCUGGCCGCAACCGCUCGGGAAAGUGUUACCGCCUUUAUACAGAGGAAGCCUUUGACAAGCUGCCUCAGUCCACCGUUCCUGAGAUGCAGCGGAGCAACUUGGCGCCUGUCAUCCUACAGCUGAAGGCACUGGGAAUUGACAACGUCCUCAGGUUCCACUUCAUGUCGCCGCCUCCAGCACAGUCGAUGGUUCAAGCGUUGGAGUUACUCUAUGCCCUGGGAGGUCUGGACAAAGACUGUCGCCUAACUGAGCCGCUUGGCAUGAGGAUAGCGGAGUUUCCUCUGAAUCCCAUGUUUGCAAAAAUGCUGCUUGAAUCAGGAAAUUUUGGCUGUUCUCAGGAAAUUCUCAGCAUCGCAGCCAUGAUGCAGAUCCAGAAUAUCUUCGUGGUCCCCUCAAACCAGAAGUCUCAGGCAAUUCGAAUGCACCGAAAGUUUGCUGUGGAGGAAGGUGAUCAUCUCACUAUGCUCAACGUGUAUGAAGCAUUUAUCAAACACAGCAAGAACUCCCGGUGGUGUCAGGAGCACUUCCUGAAUUACAAGGGGCUUGUCAGAGCUGCCACUGUAAGGGAGCAGCUGAAAAAGCUUCUUGUCAAGUUCCAAGUGCCCAAGAACUCCAGUGAAGGUGAUCCGGAUCCGGUUCUGAAGUGCAUCGUUUCGGGAUUCUUUGCAAAUGCAGCACGGUUUCAUUCUACCGGAGCUUAUAGGACUAUCCGUGACGACCAUGAGCUGCAUAUCCACCCUGCGUCGGUCCUCUAUGCAGAGAAGCCGCCUCGCUGGGUUAUCUACAAUGAAGUUAUACAAACCUCCAAGUAUUACAUGAGAGAUGUGACUGCUAUCGAAUCUGCUUGGCUGUUGGAGCUGGCUCCACACUUCUAUCAACAAGGAACGCACCUGUCCCUAAAAGCCAAAAGGGCCAAGGUCCAGGACCAGUGAGCAGAGCUGGGCUGCAGCUGCAGGGGUGUGGGGACCUCUUGCUGCUGUCCCGGCCCUGGGGGACGGUGAGCUGCCCUCGGCCCACAGGGAACCUUCAAGAGCUGCUUUAACCGGGUCGCUGCCCAUUCACGAGCCCCUUCUCCCCGCUCCCCUCGGCACCUGCAUUCGUUGCCAGGAUCCCGGAGGAGCUGUGCGGGGCAGGCACCCGCCGCGCUGCCCUAGCAGAGCGGGAGCUGGCAGGCCUUUGCUCUUCGGUCAGUCGGCGCCCUCACUGCCCCAGCGCGCUGCGUCAGCAGGCACAGCACCCUGCCCUGGCCUAACGGGGCAUGAGGAGGAGAGUUAGCCGCUCUGCCCGCGGCACCAGGUCGGGUGCCCGGGGUUUGCUGGGCCGGCUUUGCUUUCUCUGGAGGGGCCACGGCUGUGUUGACCAAUGAGGUCCGCUGCUAGGUGUGAGUGAGUGUGUGUCUACGGAGAGACAGGACUUGGGAGACGCUGCGGGUUUCCACCAGAAUCACCGAGGGGCUUGUCGGGCAACCUGGGGGCUUCCAAGCAGGAGCUUCCAGUUUCCCCUUUGCCCACGUCUGUCUGCGGGCAGAAAACCCACAGGACUGGUGAUGGACAGAGAGGACUUGUGCGCUGUCCUUUGUUAGCCACGGGGUUCUCUGUUUCACAGCCGGGUGAAGCUUUCUCUGCCUACAGUAUCACCAGCUGAGCACUAGUGAGAGGUCAUCAGCUCAACCCCAUCGGGGGGCCUCUGCAGCAGGAAUCCACAACCGUAUAGAGGCGCUAAGCUUCUGUAGCUCAGGAACAUAACUUGUACAUUUGUGUUUGUUCGUUUGCCGGGUUCUUGUGAGAACACGGGGCGGCUCUUCCAGCAGGCACUGGUUUCAUUGCCGCCCCAGGCUUCUUUGCUCUGAUGUUUGCAUUUCGACCCAGGUCCGAUCCAGAUUUUCUUCCCCUUCCUGUUUCAUUGACAUUUAUUUUGGAACCAUGUAGCUUGAGAAUUUAUUUUUGUACUGAUAUUAGUUUGUACUGGCCACUUUGGCACCAAAUGCAUAGGUCAUUUUUAUUUCCAUUUUAUAAACGUGUUAAUAAUAGUGAUAAUUUGUUAAUAAUAGUGAACCUUUAUACCUAGAGUAAGUGUAUUCCCUCCCAUCCUGGUUCCCACGGUCUGAUUUUAAGACGGUCCACUUCCUUCUUCCGAGGGGGGAACUGACAUCAGCUAAGAAACCCGAUGCUAUGGCAAUACAGCGGCUUUUGGGUCACAUCGGUAAGGGAAACCCCAUCAAGCAAGACUGCAUGACCGGAUGGCCUCAGGCCCCACCAGAGCAAACCAUAGGACACAGUAUAAAUGCAGACCCAAAGAUUGUCGCUGGUUUCCAAUUGGGAUCUUUCUGUGGAGGGGUCCGGAAGUACUUAUUUGUAUAAAGUCUGAAUUUAGGUCUGGGGCCGAUCCUAGUAAACCUCUGUUGGGGUGGAAGGAGGAAAGGAUGCAGGGUCCACCCCUUGUGGGUGAGGCCAGAGAUCCAAAAUGAGAGGCCAUACCAAUGGCCGGGGGUUCAGCCUGGGGGAGCAGGCGCCGCCGGCAGCCUCUGCCCGGGGGUGUGGCCCGGAGCACGUCGGCCUGUGCCCGCCUCUGCGGGGGCUGCCGUGCCAGGCAGACCCCCGAGC